AUGAGCAUUGACUUCCUGUCUGAGUUUCGGAUUCGCGAAGGCGAGGUUGACAUUCGCCAGGCUCGGUGGUACAUUAUCGCAGCGUCGGCUCUCACAGCUGCGGCCGCUGGGGAGCACGUAGGUGAACUGUAUCGUCAAGUAACGACUGGAUUGCCCCUUGAAGACAGAAAGAUCGUGCAACGAAGAAUCAAAGAGGCACUCCUCAAAGCAUCGAUCCUUUGCGGAGUCCCGCGGUCGGCAGUAGCAUUCAGUGCUCUCUAUGCCAUACUACCAGAGGACGAAAUCGACACCUAUAGCCCUAGAACUGAAAAGUUCAACAACCCCGGCGACGAGCAGAGAAGGGCUGAGAGAGGUCGUAAGUAUUUUGACACCCUCUGGGGCGGACCUUCCGGGGGACAGGCGCAACGAGACCGGGCGAGUAAAUAUUAUCCGGAUGUUUAUUUGCUCAAUAUAAAAACCAACUACGAGCUUUGGAUGAGCGAGGACGCCAUCCUGUCCAAUAUCGAAACUCAGCUGUGCAACGUGGCUUUGUUAAUAUGCAACAACUCACCCACCCAGAUGCUGUGGCAUCUGAACGGGCUGCUUCGGCAUGGAGCAACCAGGGAAGAAGCCCAGUUUGCCCAAGAUCUCGCUCUAGCAGUUGCACGGCAGUUCAAUGCCAAAACCGGUGAUAUUACAAAGAUCGAGGACCUCAAACUGUAA